CUUAGCCUCUGACUACCUCUCUCUGACACACAUGCAGUGUUUGUUUAGAGUGAUAAGCUGAGAGAGAGAGAGAGCAAAAGAGAGACAGAGCGAGGGAAGAGGGAGGGAAUACAGCCAAGCUAGAAGAGUGAAAACACACUGAAGGGUGAGAAAGCCUAUGAGUGUGUUACAGAGAGCAGAUAGGUACAUAAACACACAGAGAAGGACUGAAAAAGAAGACAUAGAGAAGAAAACUCAGAGUAAGUGAGACAAAGAAAGAAAGAGAAAAGGCAGCAGUAAAGGUAAAGUGUGAGACAGAGAAGGACGAAGACAAACUGCAGGGGUUUUGCUGUUGUGCUGGGAUAAUGUCUCUUAAUGGAAAGGUGGCUCUGGUGACCGGGGGAGCUCAGGGCAUUGGGAGAGCCGUGGUCCAGUCACUAUUGAAGAGUUCAGCCAAGGUGGCUGUGGUCGACCUGAACAAGACCUGUGGUGAAGAGUGCAAGACACAGCUGGAUGCUGAGUUUGGAGAGGGCAACUGCACUUUUAUUCAGUGUGAUGUGUCCAUUGGAGAUGCACUGAGAGAUGCUUUCCGGAGCACCGUGGACCAGUUUGGCCGGCUGGACAUUGUUAUCAACAAUGCUGGCAUCAACAAUGAAAAGAACUGGGAGAAGACUAUUCAAGUUAACCUGACAUCUGUAAUAAAGGGAACUUACUUGGCACUGGAACACAUGAGUAAAGAGUAUGGCAAGGAAGGAGGCACCAUUAUCAAUGUAUCUUCUAUGGCAGCCUUCCUUCACUCUCCUCACCAGCCUGUCUACACUGCCACUAAACAUGGAGUCAUUGGCUUCACUAGAGCAAUGGCGGACGCAUCCUCGCAAGGCAACUACGGGGUUCGUAUCAACGUCCUGUGUCCAGCCUUCGUUGACACUCCUCUGCUGCACUCAGUGGAACACGAGGAUAACAUGGGCAAAUUUGUCAAGUUCAAGGAUGAUUUCAAACGUAGCAUGAACAAGUUUGGAGUUUUACAGCCAUCACUGAUAGCAGAAGGCAUGAUGAAGUUGAUUGUAGAUACCAGUCUGAAUGGAGCAGUGAUGAAGAUCACCUGCUCCAAGGGAAUCCACUUCCACACCUAUGAACCCAUGUCUGCUUGAGCUUUGACAUACUGGACUCCAUGGUGCUGCUGGAGGAACAAUGCAGUGCUUUCACUUGUCUGACUGCAAGACACUACAGACUGGUUCAGGACAACAACUGGCUGUUGGAGUUAAUAUCAGAACUCUGUCAGGGCAAUGUUUGUAUUUUGAUAAUUUAAUGAUUAUUUUAAUAAUGUCAGUGAUGAUCCUACCAAUCAGUCACUAAUCAAGUCCAGUAUUUUCACUGCUGGCCAAGAUAUAAAGCCAAAGUUAUAGAUCUGUCUCCUUCAGUUAGGUUUCUAUAUUUUGCAGGAAAUAGCUGACAGUCAUUGUCAUCCACCUCAACUGAUUAUGCAGCUUAUUUGAUUAAACAGUGUUAUUACAAGAACUGUAACAAUUAUUAUUUAACAGCUGAUUUAAUAGAUAUGUUUAAAAAUAAAAAACGAAAAUGGGGUAGUAUGA